AUCCGGGAAGGCCCGCCCGAGAUUCGGGCCCCCUCCCUUCUCCCCUGGGCCGGGGGCGCGGGCGAAGCUGGGGCAGGCGGGCACCGAGAGGCGCCGGAGGGACUGAGGCGGCACGGGCGGCCGAGGCGGGGCCGGGCGGCCAGGCAGCCAUGCCUACCUGGGGGGCUGGCUCGACGUCCCCUGACCGCUUUGCGGUGUGUGCGGAGGCCGAGGACAAGGUGCGGGAGCAGCAACCCCAUGUGGAGCGCAUCUUCAGCGUGGGGAUGAGCGUCCUUCCGAAGGACUGUCCUGAGAACCCUCACAUCUGGCUGCAGCUGGAGGGCCCCAAGGAGAACGCCAGCAGAGCUAAGGAAUACCUGAAGGGUCUCUGCAGCCCGGAGCUGCAGGAUGAAAUCCACUACCCAUCCAAACUGCACUGCAUCUUCCUGGGAGCCCAGGGCUUCUUCCUGGAUUGCCUGGCCUGGAGCACGUCAGCACAUCUGGUGCCUGGGUCACCUGGCUCGCUGAUGGUCAGUGGCCUGACUGAGGCCUUCGUCAUGGCUCAGAGCCGAGUGGAAGAGCUGGUGGAACGGCUGAGCUGGGACUUUCGGCCAGGGCCAGCCCCUGGAGCUGGAGUGCUGAGAGACUUCUCUGCCUUGCUGGAGGCCCGGGGGGAUGCCCACAGAGAGGCCCUGCUGCAGCUGCCCCUGGCCGUCCAGGAGGAACUGCUGAGCCUGGUGCAGGAGGCAUCCAGGGGGCAGGGGCCCCAAGCACUCCCCUCCUGGAAGUGUGGGAGCCCAGGCCCACUGGGUGCUCAGUACCAGGGAGUCAGAGCUCCCCUGAGUGAAGGCAGCGAGUCCCUGGACACUGGACCUAUGGGGCGAGGAGAGUCAAGGGGAGAGAGACAGGCUAUGGAGAAGGAGGGAGGGAGGCAGGGUGGUCUCAGGGAGAUGGAUUUGGGGUGGAAGGAGCUGCCUGGGGAAGAGGCCUGGGAGAGAGAAGCGGCCUUCAGGUUGCAGUCAGAGGGAGGAGAGGCAGGGCAGGUGGGGCCCUUGAAAGGGAAGGCCCUGGGGAAGGAGGAGGUGCCUCAGGAAAGAGGAAGUUUCUGUGUCCCCAGUGAGCCUCUUGGUGCCCAGGGUCCCUGUCAGAGGGUACCUCCACCCCGGGGAGCCUCCCUCCUCCAGCGGCUCCACAAUGGGAAAGCCUCACCUCCAAGAGUGCCGAGCCCCCCACCUGCGCCCGAACCCCCGUGGCACUGUGGAGACCGAGGAGACAGGGGAGACAAGCAGCAGGUCGUGGCUCGAGGUCGGGGGUCUCCGUGGAAACGAGGCACCCGGGGGGGCAACCUGGUGACUGGCACGCAGCGUUUCCAGGAGGCCCUACAGGACCCUUUCACCCUGUGCCUUGCCAAUGUGCCUGGCCAGCCAGACCUCCGUCAUAUUGUCAUUGACGGCAGCAACGUGGCCAUGGUGCACGGCCUCCAGCACCACUUCUCGAGCCGGGGCAUUGCCAUUGCUGUUCAGUACUUCUGGGACCGUGGCCACCGUGACAUAACCGUCUUUGUGCCUCAGUGGCGCUUCAGUAAGGAUUCCAAGGUCAGAGAGGGUCACUACCUGCAGAAGCUGUACUCCCUCAGCCUGCUCUCCCUCACUCCCUCUCGAGUCAUGGAUGGCAAGAGGAUCUCCUCCUAUGAUGACAGGUUCAUGGUGAAGCUGGCCGAAGAGACUGAUGGGAUCAUCGUCUCCAACGACCAGUUCCGGGACCUGGCGGAGGAGUCUGAGAAGUGGAUGGCAAUCAUCAGAGAGCGCCUGCUGCCCUUCACCUUCGUGGGAAACCUGUUCAUGGUCCCUGAUGAUCCGUUGGGGCGACACGGCCCCAUGCUGGAUGAGUUCCUGAAGAAGCCAGCCAGGGCACAGGGGUCUUCUAAGGCUCAGCAUCCUUCCAAGGGCUUCACAGAACAUGGUAAUCAGCAGCAGGGAAGAAAAGAAGAGGAAAAAGGCAGUGGUGGCAUUCGGAAGACCCGGGAGACAGAGCGGCUCCGGCGCCAGCUGCUGGAGGUAUUUUGGGGCCAGGAUCACAAAGUGGACUUCAUCCUGCAGCGGGAGCCGUACUGCCGGGACAUUAACCAGCUCUCUGAGGCCCUGCUCAGUCUCAACUUUUGAGCCUCACCUGCCUGAGUGGCUACCACUUGGUUGGCUCCAGCCUCACCCAGCUCAGCCCCUUGUGUGAGCACUCCCUCGGCUGCUCGGACGCUGACCCAGACUCACUCUGAGUCGGUGCUUUAGGUCAGGGAAGCACUGAGGAAGAGCAUUCACGUGUAGGGGAUAUUCUUGCCUGGGGCACUUUGGGGUCGGGUCCCUAAGUGACCUGAUCUCAUCUUGAGUCCGGACCUCAACCAGCUCUCAGGAGGUCCUGCUCAGCCUUUACUUUUCAACCUUACCUUAGCACAGGGUUUCUGUAGGGUAUGGGGCUGCUGGAAAGGGCAGGUCCUGGAGAUUGGGAUGGCGGCUCCUCCUCCAACCUGAGCUGGGGAUGGAGGCUCGGGUGGUUGGGAAGUGAAGCCUUUCCUUCCCCUGGCUGAGGAAGGAUGGAGGCCAGGAUGCUCCCAGGCCUGGCUGGGCUCCUGGGUGCAGUGAAGGGAAUGCUGGGCCCUGGAAAGGCUAGUGUCAUGGGGCCCGGGUCACAGUGGUGCAGCAGGGAGCUGGUGGAGAAGGCAGAGGGAGACUUGGCUUCUGGUCUCAGCUGUGCCUGUCUGUGACCUUGACUGAGCUGCAUGGCCUUUACUUCUGCCUAUAAAUCAGGGCUAAAAAUGCCUGUUGGGAGGAGAAAUGAGAACAUGGAGGAGGGCCCCUUGGAGGGAAGGUACUUGGACCAAGUCUCAGGUGUGUCUGUGGCUGCACAGGCUUCCUAACCAAAACCUCACUUCCAGAGCGUGGAGGUCCUCUGUCCCCAGGGCCUGUGCCCUAGAUUUUAACACUGCGUCCUCAGUAUAAUGUGCCCUGUAAUGGCUGCGUCUCUUUUGGGCAACCCCCCAAAUCCACAUUUAUAAAACAGUUAAUUAGGGGUGACUGUUUGCAUUACCAAAAUACUCUCAGGGUUCCUAUAAAUGGCAGCUCUCCUGUUGCAUUUGGGUGUUUGUUUACAGAUGAACGGAUGUGCCAGGAAGUCCCCGGGUAGAUGCACAUGCUGAAGUGUCGAGCAUUCACCAAACCAUGAGGUCAUGCUUGGCAAUGAUGAUGUUAAUGUGCUCUGACCCUAGCAUUUUCUCCGCAGAACACACGUGUUGCAUAAAGCGAGGCCCACUUUUGCUUUG